AUGCAAACAUCAACAAUGCUAAGCUUUUCCUCCCUUGAGAAACACGUGAACCUCCUGCAAGAUACCAUGGAUCCAACAUCAGUGAUGGAUCUCGGGGUGAGCCGCAGCAGUGCUUCUGUUACCUCCGAAUCAUCCAAGCUACAAGCAAUGGAAGAAGAUGACGACAUGGAAUUCUUUCGCAAAGAGAAUGAAGUCUUGCACGACAAGUUGGGGGCAUUGCUUCAAAUCAGCGAGCACUCUUAUGAUUCAAGCAAUAAGGACUUGGAAUGUCUUCGCAAGGAGAACGAAAUCCUUCACGACAAGUUGGAACGCUGUAUAGAGGCAAUACUUGGAACCAGCAGCUACAGCUGUUAA